AUGGUUGACGGAGUCUUAGUUGAUUCGUACAAGGUUGCGGAGUUCCCUGAAAAUGUCAAGUUAUAUGGAAUAGAAUACCUGCUCUAUGAACGUCCAAAGUACCCGAUAAAGGAAGAUGAUGACACCACUAGAAAUGGUCCUACGGCUAGAGGGGAGACGUCUGAUACCGUGAAGGUGACAAGAAAUAUAAGAGAUGAAACAGUUCGAGCUAGUGAACAGGGUAAGACCAUGAAAAAUGCUGGAUGGGAUUUCAGCAUUGGAUCACAGGGUACAGGGACUAUUAGAAGUGUAGCAGCCGUAAAACCACCUCAGGCAAGAGAAAGAAAGCCAGAAGGCCGGUAUAAUCAGGUUACACCUGAAAGGCUCCCCGAGAAUAGUAACCGACAUUUGUCACCUGGGAGUGCACAACAUGAUUCGCAUGAAGAUGAAGAUGAAGAUUUGACUGUAAGUGGGUCUGGAACUGUUGUUAUACGAACACCCAAAGGAUCUCAGUCAUCUUCUCAGUUUCGUGAUCAAAACUCUCUGACCAGCAGCACAUAUGCUUCUUAUGAAGAUGCUUCUUCCAGUGGAACUGUUGUUUUUCGUGGCCAGCUUGAUGAUUCUGAUUCUCCUCGAACGCCAAGAUCGAGGCUGGGAAUUCAAGAGAGAACUUCAAGUUCUUCAAUUGAAGACAAUGCCAUGAAUCUUGCAGAGGCAAAGGCAGCAAUUCAAGGGAGGAAAGGAAAUGCUAGAGAAAAGUCUGGGCUGACGAAGGUCAACUAUGAUUCGCAAGAUAGCAGAAUAGGGCGGAUGACAAAUAGCUCUGAUUCUACCAGACAAUCUGAUGACUACUUUGACGCACCAAAAGCAUCUUCAAGAUCAUCUCAAGCAAGUGAUGAUGAAGAAAGUGAAAAAGUAAUGUCAUCAUCUGCAGCAUUAUCAAUGCUGCUCAUCCCUUCCCUGAAAGAGUUAUGGGAAUGAAUAACCAAAUCAUUAUGAGGGAGCUCUCACAUGUAGGUCUUGUCCAUUUCCUGUCUUGCUGCAAUUAAUCUUAGAGAUGGAAUGUCAUCGAUAUUAGUUCAUUGGCUGCCGAAGGUACUACUGAGAUCAGCGGUGUUGUUCAUAUUGACUGCGGUUAUGAGAAUGUACAUACAAAUCUUCACUUUGUGGGAGCUGAUAUCGAAAGGUUAACUCCUCUUGCUUUUUCCUAAUUGCACAGGUACAUAUUUCUUUUCCCAUUGUUAUUCAAAUUCUGUCCGGAGCCUACUUGAUGAGGUUGCUGUUGGCGUAUUAAUUUCUUAUUGGCAUAUCUUGAUCAUUUUGAAUGCAUGGCCACAAGAAGCUAAUGUAAAAAUUUAUUAUAAUCUGCAUGGUUGCAGACUUGCAGAUAUAUGGGUACAGAAUGGCACUGUGGGCAGAGGAUUUAGGACUUGUUGAAGAAUGUUUCAAUCGGCCAGAGUCUUGAAUGUGUUCAAAGGGUAAGGUCAUUGGAUGAGCAGAAAUGGAGUCAAUACUAGAGCUUCUGCAGGGUCCUUGUCCAUCAUGUGUAGGAUCAAUGGCUUAAGAGAUCAAAAGACUGCUUAUCAUCUUUGCCUACAAGAGAGCUUCUGCAAGAACAAAUGAAGGUGCAUUAAAGGAAAGCAGGAGUAAUCUAUGUAGUUUAGGUCUUCCUAGCUAGAACAUUUUACAAGUACAGACUCAAUCUCUGUUGUCUCUAGCUUGAAUUAUAAGGAUUGUAGUACUGUUUCUAUGGUCAUAUAUUGAGCAUUAUUUCAGGAAAACGUUUA